AAAAAAACCAACUCCCCGACAAGAUAAACAAGACAUAAUAAGAUAUAAAGUGUUGCCGCUGAAUCACGAGUGGGGUGGUGUAGGGUUCUGCGCAUUAUGUACAGCUUUCAGCAAUAAGAUAUAUGCACUUGGACCACGUGACUGACAAAUCAGGAAGAAAAAUUCUCCAAAGAGUAUUUCCCAGGCUGGCGAAUAUCGGGGCGAGGCCACGGAUUUUAUGUUCACCAACAGCAGUUCGGGCGGUGAUGAGACGGACAGGUAGAUCACGGGACGCACAAUGACCACGCCCACCAUUCAAGCACAGGAGGUCAUCACCUGUGACCUCUGUACUAAACCAACCCAACAAUUCUGUAUCAAUUGUCAGGUCAGUUUGUGUGUGGACUGUGUUAGUAAACACGUGGACAAGCUCGAUUCUCUACCACAUGACAUCGUUCCUUUCAGAGACAGAAAGGUGACUGUUCCAGGGUGUGAAUUUCACCCCAGUCAGAAAUAUGGGGCCUACUGCCAACAAUGUGAUGCACCAGUUUGCCAGAAAUGCCUACUUGGUCCCCAUAAUGGUCACAAAGUCAAGAAUAUGCCAGCACGUUUUCAUGACAAGAAAAAGGAAGUUGAAAAAGAAACCAAAGAUAUUGAAUCUGCUAUUGAUCCACAGUACAAGAAGAGAAGUGAAGAAACAGAAAGCAAUACAGUGGCUGAAUUGGACAGUAGAUCACAGACUAAACUAACCAGUCUGUUAGACCAAAUAAAAUCAAUUACAACCAUUCCUACUGGAUUUAAUCCUCUAUACAAUGUUGCCUGUGUGGGAGUGGAUGAAGCCUGGGUUAGUGGUAAAGAUAAAACCAUAAGACGUGUUGACAUACACGGGUCUGUACGGGACACUGUCACCACCACAUGUAAAACCUGGCCUGAUGACAUCACAGUGACCAGGCAGGGAGAACUGGUAUACAGUGAUGCCAACAAGAGCACUGUGAACAUUGUCAGACACGAAAGAACAGAGAAACUGAUGACCACACCACAGGGCUGGAUUCCAGGCACAUUAUGCUGUUCUAAGUCAGGGGACAUCCUGGUCAGUAUGUUUACUACUGGUUUUAGCCAGCGUAAAAUUGUCCGUUAUCAGGGACAUACUAGUAUAGCGAAACAGGAAAUAGAUAGAGAUGAAGAUGGAAAACCAAUCUAUAAAGGUGGGAAAUACCCACUGUGUGUGGUGGAUAACAACAAUGGAGACAUCGUGGCGUCUGAUAGUAAUGCUAACACUGUGGUCGCGGUGAACAAUUCAGGAAGAGUCCGAUUCCGAUACGACGGUACCCCAGCCAGGAGGAAGAGGUCAUUUGAUCCUGGACAUAUAGUGACAGACUCCAUGAGUCAGAUCAUUGUAACAGAUAUCAACAAUGACUGUCUACACAUCCUGGAUCAGAACGGACAGUUCCUGAGAUGCGUGUCCAAGUGUGGACUAGUUCGUCCUGAUGCGCUGAGUGUGGAUAUUAUGGGAAGAUUGUGGGUUGGGUUACAUACGUACGGAACAGUGAAAGUGAUUCAGUACAUGAAAUAAACAUACAAAAUUCAGACAGGCACUUCUAUCAUCCACUCUCACAGCAGAUAGCAAUGGUAAAUCUUAUUUCUUUUUCCAGUAAGAAUUUGGAAAUAUCGAGUGUAGCAGAAAGAAAUACCAGAAAACUUCAAGUCCUCAUAUCAAGACAUUGAUUUGGUACCAUAAUAUAAAUGAAGAAGUGGAGGAUGUCAUACAAGAUUUGAGAUGAGAAGAUAAGAAGCAUAAUUUCUUUGAGUGUCUAAAUUAUAUUGCAUGCAGAGAGGAUAUAAUGAAUAUUACUUUAGUACACAAAACACUGUUGUAACUUUGCUCACUUGGAUGUUGAAAACGAAUUAUCGUGGUUUCUUAACUGUGAAAUUAUUGAAGUGUUUUCUUCUGUCGUUGAACUAGCUAGACAAGUAAUAUAUCUAUAAAAUUCCCCAUAUCCGUGUAACAAUACUCCAUUAUCACCUGCUCGUGCGUUUAUGUCUCUCAAAAGAUUAUAUUUGCUAGAGCAUCUUAUAAUAAUAAUAUUUAUUUAGAUAGUAAUAAUAGUAUUUAUUUAUAUAGCGCCCUAUAUGACUAUAAAUAAUCACUCUAAAGCGCUGCACACAAUAAAAAUGAUACAGCAUGUUAUAAACGGAGUAAAAGGAAAUUAUAAUAGCAUUAAUUAAGACAGAUAAUAUCAAAACAAUGCUAGAAAAACAUCAAUAAUGUGAUGUAAAAUUACUAAAAUCUAAAACAUGAUAUGCAUGAAAAAAGUUCCACGCCGUACAAUCAAAUGAUAUAAAAUACAAUAUUUGAAAUAAAUAUACAAUUAUACACUUGAAAAAGUCAUGUUAAAAUAAUGGUAAAGAAACCAUAAAGAUUUAACCACAUAUAAUACUGAUAAUAUGCAAGUCUAAAAAGAUGUUUUUCAAUGUUUUUUAAAAGUGUUCAAAUUCUGACAACAGCAUUCUGACAUCUUCUGCGGAUGAUCAAUUUUGAAAUCGAGGCAGGCUACUGAGAAACACGAUGAUGUCACAGGGGUUUCAACAGUCUCGUUUGGAGUCAGCAUUUCGCAAUUUCUAUGGUUGUUUUGAUGAUCUGAAUUGCCUAUAGAUCUACAAUCUUUCACUAGUUCUUUACAUACAGAUUAUUAAUCCGUUUAUCUGAUGAAUAUAUAGGGCCCGCGGCGGGUAUGACCGGUCGACUGGAGAUGCUUACUCCUCCUCCUCCUAGGCCCCUGAUUCCACCUCUGGUUUGUCCAGGGGUCCGAGUUUGCCUAAUUCCUAAUUUUACGAGGGCCUCGUAUAUUCCUUAUUAGAGUUAUGAAAUUGAUCACUGUUCAUUAUCUUCACCUUUUCAUUAAGCAUAUUGAAACACUCCUCAUAUUACAAGUAAUCCCACCUCUGAAAGAUCCAUGUUUACUCUUCUCAAAAAUGUAUCUUUUAUAGGAUUUAUGAGAUUGAUCACUGUUAUCCGGAACUGUUUCUACAUUGAUAUAGAUAUUAGAAUACACACCAUGGAUCCUCUACUUGAAACAACUUGUAAAUAAUGCAAGCCAAACACUAGUGAUUCAUGGUAGUUCAAUUUACAAUUCUAUAGUUUAAUGUGUGUGUGCGUGUGCGCGCGCGACUUUUCCCCUACUUUACAUUAGGAUUGUUGUGUGAUCAAGACGAUCCAGCGGUGUUACAUGUAUGAAUGAAAUACUAUGCUACAAAUUGUACUUUACAAAGUUUGUUUGUAAUAAUGUAUAAGUGUACCUAAGCAUAUUAUUUGUAUUGUCUGGAUGGUUCCUGAUUUGGAAUAAAGAAUCUAUCUAUCUAUACAAGAAUUUGUUGUUCGUCCAACAGAAAUUCCCGAGGGGAUCUGGGUUAGAAUAGGUCCUCAGUACCCCCUUGCUUGUCGUAAGAGGCGACUAAAUGGGGCGGUCCUUCGGACGAGACCGCAAAAACCGAGGUACCGUGUCGCAGCAGGUGUGGCACGAUAAAGAUCCCUCCCUGCUCAAUGACCAUAAGUGCCGAGCAUAGGCCUAGAUUUUGUAGCACUUUGAACCGGCAGUGGUGACGUCUCCAUAUGAGUGAAAUAUUCUCGAGAGGGACGUUAAACAGUAUUCAAUCAAUCCAACAGUAAUGAAAACUGUAAUUGUUUCCCGCUUCCAGGUAUAUCAACCACUCACAUCCAGUCUUAGUAUGUAAAUAUUGGCACCUACCCAGCAAUGCAAAACAUGGAUGAGGGCAUACAUAAAAAUGAUGUAUCCGUUAGGACCAAUUAUGCGUUACUCACGAUAAAUCAAAGACCAAAGUUUUUGAUAUCAAAGAUUUCUUUAAUAAAAAUGGAACAGGGCAAUAUGAAAGGUGAAGGUAACGAACAGUGAUCAAUCUCAUAACUCCUAUAAGGAAUACUAAAUAGAGAGUUUGACAAACAUGGGCCCCUGGGUACACUAGGGGUGGGAUCAGGUGCCUAGAACGAGUAAGCAUCCCCUGUCGACUGGUCACACUCGCCGUGAGCCCUAUAUCUUGAUCAGGUAAACGGAGUUAUCCGUAGUCAAAAUCAGAGUGCCAAGAACGGUCUAACAAUCGGUAUGAAACACGUCAAACAGCAUUUGACCCAAUGAUAAGUUGUAUUUGCAAACUAGAUCGUUAUAACCACCAUAGAAUUUGCGAAAUGCUAACUUUAAACGAGACUGUUGGAACCCCUGCACCAUCAACUUGUUUGUCAGUAGCCUGCAUCGAUUUAAAAACUGACCAUAUGCAGAACAGGCACUUACUUAUCGAAUCAGUUGAGAGAUAUAAACACCAUAUGUAGGUGAUAAUGGAAUAUUGCUAAAUAAAUAUGGGAAGUUGACGAUGGAGAAGCUGAAAUCAUCCCGUUUGUCAUAAAGUUGAGUUGUUGGUUUGCCGUUAAUACUAUAGUAUCUACUUUCAAUAAAAUAUGUAAGUGUGAAGCAGAAGUAGACGACUCUGUGGUGUCUUUUAUUUCGAGGUCACUUUUACUGAUAUGUCCAGGCGUACGUGUUUGCCCUACUCUAAAUUUCGGAUUCUUUACGGUAUUUAUGAGAUUAAUCACUGUUCAUUACUUUUAUUUUUCAUUAUAAAGAUGCUGGAUAUCUCCAAUGAAAUAUUUACGUAGCCUUUGGCGAUUAUAGGUUUUUUAACAGUCUGUUUGAAUUCUAUAUGCACAAUGUGUGCUACUCUAGCUGACAUGUUUUUUAUUUAAACACCUUUACACGAGAAGACGUAACUUUUUGCUGUGGCUUUCUUAUAUCGAAGACUUUUAAUCUAUUAACAAUAUCAAUUUCAUUUAUAUGUCCAAUCAAUACAUCUCAGUAAAUUCAAAAUGAAAAACAACAUAAAUUUAUGAUAAAAGUAUUUCAUAUCUGCUUCAUGAAAAGUGAAGAUAACGAACGGUGAUCAAUCUAACAACUCCUACAAGCUAUACAAAACAGAUAUUUGUGCAUAUAUGGAUAUUUUAUUAAACAUAGACGUCAACGGCAAACUCAUAACACAACGUAAUGACAAUUUAAAUGCCUACAGCUUCUCAUCUACCUCCCAUAUUUGUGAAGGGAACAAGGGAAUCUGACCGGUAAGCUUUUGAUGGCGCCUCUGGUGUCUGUGUUUUGCCUUCUCUGUCGUGGCAGGCGUUCUCUCGUUCAAGAACACUCCAUGACACGGUCCUAAGCGCUAAACAUAGAUCUAAAUUUGUGGUAUUUUACCUACAACUCGUGACGUCUGAAUAUGAAUGAAACAUUCUCGACGGGAUGUAAAACGUAUUGUAUCAAUGCUAAUGUUCUGGUCAAUUGAUUUUAGAUUGCAUCUGUUUUUGUUUCCUUUCGUCUUCUGUCGUGAAUAGUAAUAUUCGAAUUUAGGUACUCUUUAUGCUUUUGAUUAAAAAACUUUCUCGGAUAGAGAGAGACUUUAUAGUGUAUAAAACUAUGUGAAAAAGAAUUGAAAUCGAAAAUGUAAUUCAUAUACACUGUACAUUGUUAUGGCCGGUAAAUGUUACUCCCAGUUUGUAAAUACAUGUAAUCGUACUUUGCAGUGUCGAAUAGCCGGUGAUCAAGCAAGUUUUUCGUGAUGACUGCACUUUCAUAUGCUUCUCAUUUUUUAUACACAAGCUUUCUUUACAUAUGUUGUUCAUUUAAUCAUGUGGAUCUUUUUCAAAUAAUCCCUCUGUUGUGCUUUUUUGAAAGGGGUAAAUUCUUUUUUUUCUUCACAUUCAGAUUCUUAAAACCUUAUUUGAAGCAAACAAACUUAGACAAAAGAUGCGUGUCUAAUCUCAGUACCAAAGUUUGUAUUAAGUAACAUGAGUAAAAUGUUUGAAAUUCGUA